UCGAGCUAUUGGCUGGAGCCCCGCCCCAGGGCGAGGAGGAGAAGGAGGGGCAGGAGGGUUUGGUUGAGCUGCAGCUGUUUGUCUGUUCGACACAGGCUUGGGGCCGACGGGGGAGACGGAGCCCCAGGAGUGUUGAAGCCUGGAAAUCCCCUCCCCUUCCCCCUCCCCCCUUUACAGCAUCCCCCUCCCUCCACCCUUUCCCACUCUGAUAAUCUGGCCAUGACUAGCAGAAGCACAGCUAGGCCCAAUGGGCAACCCCAGGCCAGCAAAAUUUGCCAGUUCAAAUUGGUCCUGCUGGGAGAAUCUGCAGUGGGAAAGUCAAGCCUGGUAUUACGUUUUGUCAAAGGGCAGUUCCAUGAGUACCAGGAGAGCACCAUUGGAGCGGCCUUCCUCACCCAGUCCGUUUGUCUAGAUGACACAACAGUCAAGUUUGAGAUCUGGGACACAGCUGGGCAGGAGCGAUAUCACAGCUUAGCCCCCAUGUACUACAGGGGUGCCCAAGCUGCAAUCGUGGUUUACGACAUUACUAAUCAGGAAACCUUUGCCCGAGCAAAGACAUGGGUGAAAGAACUACAGCGACAGGCCAGUCCUAGCAUCGUUAUUGCGCUGGCAGGGAACAAAGCUGACCUGGCCAACAAGCGUAUGGUGGAGUAUGAAGAGGCCCAGGCAUAUGCAGAUGACAACAGCUUAUUGUUCAUGGAGACUUCAGCCAAGACGGCUAUGAACGUGAAUGAUCUCUUUCUGGCAAUAGCUAAGAAGUUGCCAAAGAGUGAACCCCAGAAUCUGGGAGGUGCAGCAGGCCGAAGCCGGGGUGUGGAUCUCCAUGAACAGUCCCAGCAGAACAAGAGCCAGUGUUGUAGCAACUGAGGGGGUGGCUAGCAGCAAACAAGUAUGGAGCUAGCACAAAAGCUAAGAAAUAACCUCCAUCCCUACCCCUCAGCACACAGUCCCUACGGUAACAGCACACUGAGCCCUGGCUCCCAAGGGCUGCCUCCUGACAGCUCCGUCAUGGCACUUUUUAACGCUUCAGCAACCAACACCAGGCAGCUGUUGCCACUGGCCUCCUACCCCCUACUCUGGGGCUUGGGGGUCAACUCCCCCCAGGACUUACCUUCCAAAACAAACUUUCUUCACUUUGUAUUAUAGGUACAAGACAGCGACUUACUUAUCUUUUCUCCUCCUCCCUAGUGUUCAUCCCCAUUUUUUCAGAAAACACUUCUGACUCCUGUCCCUUCCCCUUCUGCUUUUGGUCAAUCCCUGUUCUUGAGCCUCUUUUCUCCUCUCCCCAGGAUGCAGAAAGUGGUGAACCCAGGAGCUGAGGAAGGAGGUUUCCAGUUCAUAUACAUUAAGGGCCCUGGGGGAGAAUAAAGCUCAGAGCAGGAGGGAGUAAGGAAACAUUUCCUUUUUGUUUUUAUUUGGUUGGAGUUUCUCAUAUUUGAAAACAUUGUGGUAUCCAUGAGUUGGCCUUGUGGAGGGUGUUCCUAGGUAGAGGUGAGAAUGGGGAGGCAAGCUCUCAGGCACCAGGCAGGAGGUGCCUUGUAAGCUAACUGGGCGGAGGUGGAGGUGCAGUGUCAUCUGUGGCUCUGUAACUCCUCAAAGGCCCAGUUUCCCCUCACGCAGCCUCUUGGGUAGCGUUUCCCCUAUCGUGGGGAUUGGACCCCAGAGUCUUCCAAAGAAUCUUCACUGGUUGCCUGCAUCUUUGGCUCUGCUGUGAUCUGAUUGGAGGAGGGACAGUUUCUGGUACCCAUCCUCUGAUUUAUACAUAUGCAUUUUUUCCCCUCUGGCCUUUAGAUGGCCUCAGCCCCAGCCACCAUAUACCCCUGCAGUUUGCACUUUAAUUGAUGGUAGUUCAGUUGGGGUACUUGUUUUAUGGAAGUUUUGAUUGAUUUACUUGCCCUCCCACCUUCUUUUUAAUUCAAUGAAAUCUGAGGUUAAUACGAGGUUCGAGGAGAGGUUAUAGAUAAAACUACCAGUGGCAGCUACUCAAGUCCUAUCUCCACUGUUAGCUUCCUCCCACUCUAAUUCUUAACCUAUAUUCUUGCCAAGCUAGCUAUUGAGUAUAGGUUUGCCUUUCCUGGAGAAUUAACUGAGCAACUGGGGAGUGUCUCAGGAUAGCACAGGCCAAGGUAGGGGAGUAAAAAGGAGGUCAGGCAAAAGGGAGGAGUUUUCUAUCCUUUCCCAGGUUUCACACUCGAUUUGAUAUCCAUUACCAUGUCUUUUCUACUUCCUUGUAAAUAGGUAUGAUCUUUAUUCCCACUGUACAGUCUGUUCUAUCCUCUGCCUCCCAUCAGGCCCUGUUUCUUUGCUCCUUUGUUAAUAUCUUGAAUUUAGUCCCUCCAUCCUUAAUCCCCCCAUCCCUCCCCAUCAUGCAACCAGUGGUUUAAUCCAUGUACCAAUAGGGGCUAGUACCACAGAGGCCUCCUGUGGUGCCCUCAUAUCAUACCACCUGUUCCUGUGGAGAGGGAAUGACCGGCACUGAAGGUACCUUACAACUGGCUCAUAUUAUCAGAGGACCUUGGUCCUUUCGAAAUCUCUAGUCUCUUUUCAUAUCCCUCAUCAGGUGUUUUAAGAUGUCUCUGAGAAGCCAUCAAGGCAAAAGAGAACUUUUAAGUUGCUUGUUCCAGUCUGGAGUUUUGGGAAAGAAAGAAAGAAAGGAAAGGUCACAGUGACCUAGGAUUGGAACCUUCCUGCCCUUUUGGCUUGCAGACUGCCUUCUAUCCCAGAACAGCUGAGAAAUCUAUGAAGCUGAGAUUCUGAAGGACCCAGCUUAGGUUCUUCCACUUAGGCCUCAAUUCCCUUCCUUUUCCAGGGGCAGCCUUAGUUCCCAUGGCCCUGAAACACACAUUUCCCCCUUCCUUUCCCAGAAGCCACUGGCCCCCCAAAGCACCCAGUGCAUCCUUUUUACAAGUGGAAGAACUAGGAUGGCUUUCUAAAGUCUCCUAGAAAUGAAGUUCUUUCUCUGUGCAGCUUUACUCCUUGGAGCAGGAGUGAAGAUGUUUCAUUGUCUUGGGGCUGGGAAACCACUUCCCCAGGCUUCUCCCUCCCCCACCGCCAUAGGAACAGGAUUUGGCCUUAGCUUCUGGGCCUAUCGGCUGCCUUCCCUCUACUUCCUACCACCUCCUCUGCCUUCCUUUGUGCUCUAUUGGGCUUGGGGAUCUUAGUUGUUUUUUUUUAUUUCCCAGCUCAUUUUUUUCUUCUGGUCGGUUUUUUUAAGGAGGGGUGUUGUGGUUUUUUGUUUUUGUUUUGCUUCUAAGAAAGCAUUUGCCUUUAUUCGUCUCCCAGCAUAACAAUCGUGGUAACAGAAUGCGACUGCUGAUUUACCGAUGUAUUUAAUGUAAGUAAAAAAAGGAAAAAAAGAAAAGGA